GAGAAAUAAAAUAAACCGUCUGCAAUGGAAUCUAUCUUGCCGCCGCCGCCGCCUUUUGUUUUCGAUAAUAACCUUGAGAAUGUGACCUCUGGCAAUUUGUCUGUAGAAUGGACUAAGUGGAAGAAAGCGUUUAAUAUUUACUUCGACGCGUGUGAGUUAUCGAAGAAGGAGGAAAAGGUGCAAAUUAGUAUUUUGCUGCACGUUAUUGGAGAACGAGCUCGUGAAGUGUACCAACAGUUUGAAUCGGAAUGCACGACUUUGAAGAGUUUGAUUGCGCGGUUGGAUAAGUUUUUUUUGCCGAAGAAAAAUUUAACUAUAGAGCGGCACAGGUUUUUUACACGUUGUCAGCAUGAUGGUGAAUCUAUUGAGCAGUAUGCUUUUGAGCUCCGGAAGCUGUCUGCCACUUGUGAGUUCGGCACGCUAAUGCAAGAUUUGAUAAGAGAUAGGCUGAUUUGCGGCAUAAAAGAAGACGCACUACGGGAACGAUUGUUACGUGAGCCGGAACUGACGUUGAGUAAAUCUUUAGAUAUUUGUAAUUUGGCCCAGAUGUCUAAGAUGCAAGCAGGGGCUAUAAAGCAAGAGUCUGUGGAACAUAAUGCACAUGUUGUAGAAAAUAAUCCUAAGCAUAAUACGGAGUACAAUUGGAAUAGUGAAGGUGGUCAAAUUUGGGGGGUAAGUCACCGAGGAGCGCCGGCGCAUCGUGGCACGGCGAGGAGUCGGGGGCGCGGUGGCCGUUAUCAGACCCCCGCCCGCUACCCCGCGACCCCGCGCCCGAGUCCUGCGCGGCGAAAUCAGCUGUUUAAUCGACAAGUGCGUGAUGUUAACAAUAGUGCUAACAACGACAGUGCUAAUAUGUCGUGUUCGCGGUGUGGUUUGCCUCAUGGCAGUUCAAGGUGUCCGGCCAUUGGUAGAAGGUGUUUAAAGUGUAACAGUUAUGACCAUUUUUCGCGGAUGUGCAAUGUAUACGAGGUGCGAGCUGAGGAAAACAAUGAUCAGGGUGGUGAUUCCUCCUGAUUGGUAUUAAUUAGCAGCCGGGUUGAAUAGUAUGUGCAGUUGCGAAGAUGGAUUGUUAUUACAUAACAAAACAAUUUGAUACCUAUAUACCUGAUGCAUUAAGGUUCAACUUCCAU